AUGGCAUCCACGUCAUCUGCCGCUGCAGCAUCAUCAUCUGCAGGCCCUAGCCAACAACAGCCGGCAACAGGAGCGGCGGUCAUCCGAAGACGUCGAUUCAGCACAGCGAAAAUCCAACCGACAAGAGUGAAAAAAGUGAUGCAAAGUGAUGAAGAAAUCGGUCGAAUGGUUCAAUCGGUGCCUGUGAGCAUUGGAAGAGCAAUGGAGCACUUUGCUGAGAAAUUCCUUCUAGCUGCGGCUGAUGCCACACAAUACACUUCUUCGAAGACGUUGAGCCCACAACACAUGAAACAAGCCGUUCACAACGUCCCACACUUUCGAUUCCUUGAAUCUUUGUUUAAGGAUGUAUCCCUUCCUCAAAUCACCGCUGAAGUGAACUCGGCCCGUUCCGCCAUGACAUUAAGAGAGCAACAGAUGUAUCAGGAACAGCAGAACAAUGAUUUGGCUAAUGCAAUUCUCGCCAAUGCUCAAAUGCAAAUGAUGCAAAUGGAUCAAGAUGGUGUUCCGUCGCCGUUAGAAAUGCCAUCUCCAACAGCUCUAAUGCCUCUCUACCUCCAAGGGAUUCCACCUGCCAACUAUCCUGUUGUUCAGGAGCUUGCUGCUACAGUACCCCUCUCACCGAGCACGCCGACAUCUCAACUUGUAAAUGGAAUGAUGGGAAUGGGAAUGUUCAAAAGCGCAAAGAAGGCGUCAGAAGCUGAUGGUCAACGACUUACUGGAAUAAAAAGAGGAUCAACUGACGGUGGUCCAGAUGAGGAUCGGCCGAAGCGAGGACGACCAAAGAAGUUGAAGCCAGAAAAGUGUAUUGAUGAUGACCUCUAUGAGGAGGCUUCUAGAAAUAUUGCCAAGGAAGACAAGGAUCGUGAGCUGAUGCCUCCUCCAGCACUCCCAAUUGGCCGUCCAUGA